CCCCCGGUGGGGUGGGUUCUCACCCUGCAUCGAGGGCACAGCCGCUCGUGGGAGCGCCUUGGGCAGGGCACGGUGAUGCCGCUGCCGCGGGUGGGCGCAGGCCUUGCUGCCUCCCAGCUGCCUUGCCCCCUCUCCUCCCUGCCCCCAGCUCCCCCCGCCACCACCUCCCUCCCUUCCAGCCACACUCAACCCCUUCUCUCCCUCCUCCCGCAGGCCAUGGCUGCCACAGAAUUCCUCAUCCGGGUUCUGCUAGGGACCAUUUGGUACCCGCAGAAGGUCGGUGAUGAGCUGGAUGAGGCCACGCGUGAGCGCAUGCAGCAACGUGCGCAGCUGCUGAGCUUGGAGAUGUCUCGGCUGCUGCAGGAGCUGGAGCAGAGCAGCCAGGAGCAGAGCAAUGUGGCCUGGGGAGCUCUGCUCUUUGCUGCCUUGCAGCAGCGACAGUUCUGGGCCAUUGCUGGAGUCCUGGUCCUGCUCUUUGGGCUCUGGUGGUGGCUCAGCAGAAGGAGCCAUGAGACCGACACAUGCAGCAAGAAAGGCAGUUGCAGAAAGAAGGGGCACAGGCAGGAGCAAGAAGGAAAACCCAGUGUUGCUCUGGAUGUGGGCAGAAUUUUGGCGGAGCGCCUUCUGGACGUGCCAGAAUCAUUUGUCAUGGUGGAGGAGCUGGUGGAUGAACUUCUGCGUACCUGCCGAAGACUCUGCAGGAAUAGUUUCAUGCCGCGACUGAUGCCAGCCAUUGGGGAGGGUAGUUUCUGCCAAGGCUGGAGUCCCCGUGAGGAUGACGCCGUCUACCGCCUGCUCGUGCCCCUGCAGGCCCCCCGCGGGCACGCCUUCCACCUCGAGCUGGGCACUGAUGAGGAGAUGCCGGCAAGGAACUCCCGCCUCCGUGUGGAGCUGGUGUGUACCUGCACGAGGGAGCGGCUGGUGAAGGACAUGCUGUGCUUCCUCCACCACCCCAAGGAGGAGCUGAGGAGAAAUCAGGGUCCCAGCCUGCUAGGCACCCUCUGCACCGGCCCCUACCUAGACGUGGAGAAAACCACACGUUGGUUCCAGACAUUGGUACGUGCAGCCUGGCAGGUUUUGCCUCGGUCGCAACACAGCCGCCUCACAGUGCUGCCCUCCAGGCGCUCCUGCAAGCUCCGGGUUGUGGAUGCUUCUGAUAGUCUCCUCCUGAUUGAGAUGCUGUUUGGGGUGCAGCAAGGUGACUCGGACACCUUCCUGAGCAUCGAGUAGGCAGAGGCCAGGCUUACCAUCAGCGGGAUGUGGCCAGAGAGCUGUGCUAUGGCAGAGGUGCACAUCUUCACGCACAGGGCCAGGCGUGGCGGCACUCCCCGGGGAGCUGGUCCUGCAGAACCAAGCACGCUGGACACGGAGAACACACAGCUCCGUCAGCUGUGGGAAUUGCUGCUGCACCUUUCCUGCGCAGAAGAAGCACGCCCUGGGGAGCGGGGCCCCAUGCAGCUGAAGGGGCCGUUGCAAGGAGGCUUGCGACAGAGACACCCGUUGCCUGCUGGACGCAUUCAGGCACAACGUGAUUUGACCAAGCGCUACUUAACACGCACAUACUACUAUUUUGCAAAGCAGCCGUCGUUCUGUGGCAUCACCAUCCACCUGUUCUUUCUGGAUCUAAACGACCCUGGAGUUGGUCUUGCUACAGGUACACACCAGCUCCACGCGGAGGCGGGAGUUCCUUGCCGGCAUCUCCUCAUCAGUGCCCAGCUCGAGGUGGAAGGCGUGCCCGCGGGGGGCCUGCAGGGGCACGAGCAGGCGGUAGACGGCGUCAUCCUCACGGGGACUCCAGCCUUGGCAGAAACUGCCCUCCCCAAUGGCUGGCAUCAGUCGCGGCAUGAAACUAUUCCUGCAGAGUCUUCGGCAGGCUUUUCCACCGACACCUUGAUGACAGCUGUGAUGCCCCUCCUGACCACCAUACCCCUGUCAGGCUGGCGCAGGAGGGAUUUCCUGCUGCGGCUGCAGGAUACCAUGAGAUACCUGCGCUGCUGCCUGGAGGAGAAUCGCCUUGACCACCUCUUCUCUGGCAAUGAGAACAUGCCCCAGGAGAUCAUCUUGCCCCCUGCCUUCCAAACAGCUGAACCCCUCAACCUUUCCCAGGAAGGAACGCUAGUUAAUUAAAACAAAUUGCUGGUUAGGGAAGCUCUUCUCUCACAUUCCCCGUGACCUUGGGCCAGCUGGAGUGGUAGACCUAUUCAAUGCUGCUUUUUCCUCAAGAGGGAUGUGGAGAAGUGGCUGUAAGGCGUCAUCACUGUAGUUUGCAGUUGUGGGAAACCAACAGGUCCAGCUAUCAAGCAGUGACACUUCUCCACGGCUCUUAAAUUGACAGGAGGGCUUCUGGUGGUCCAGUUCAACCUUCCUUUGGGACUGCCCCACGGCCACUUAAUCUGUAGCUUUCAGGUACCGCAACAACAGGAUCUAUUAGGGUGCAGAGGAUUGUGGGGGGUUGGGGUGCAGUUUCCUGGGAAGGACUUACAGCAGAACCUAGGCAUCAUGGCACUCUGGACACUUGUGCCAGGGUACAGCGAGGGCCAGCCGCUCCCUCAGGGCCUGGAAGUCAGGAGCUGAGUGUGCUAAGACAAAGGCCUGUCCCACCACCUCCACCCAGGUAGUGGGGCAGGCCUGGAGACCCUUGGCAGGUUCACUCAUGCCUGCAGAUCAUCAAGCAGGUUCACGGUGAUGAGGCAGGAUGAGUUCAGGCCAGGAAGUCAACCUGCAGCUCAGGGCU